UAUUGCGUGCUGGGUUUUGGCCGUGAAGUUUUCGGUUAUCGCCUUAUGUCCUUAAAGCCCGCCGCACACGAGAGCUAUUAGGUGAGCUAAAGACCUCGCGAGGCUGUUAGCUCAGCAAGUUACUCUUGUUUGCUGAUAGUUUUUCCGGUUUUUCGUGAGAAUUUGGUUUUGGGGAAAGCUAUCUGCCUCGCGAGGUCGUUAGCUUAUACCAAAGUUGCCCUUACUCUUCCCCGUAAGGUCGAAGGUACAACAAUCAGUGACUGACUAUAGUCCCCGCACAUGCAAAGGUGAAAAUAGGCAAUUGAAAAUUGCAACUGGAUGAGAUGAUUGAGCAUAGAUUGACACGUCGUCACGACAUUUUUGGAGCCAAGUAUUGCCCAGUCCUGUUUUCAACGACCAGGAGCAGAUGGGGUAAUUUGAAAUUUCUGACGUACACGUCCAAAAAUUGAUUGGGUCGUCGCAUCAGGAGUGAACAAUUUUGUUCUGCGCCCCAUGAACAGUAUAACAAUGUUGUUGAACCUUGUUGAAUCAUCAAUGUUGUUGCAACAGUACUGGACUCUUCCCCGUAGGUGUAAAGAUGAAAAGCAAAAAUUACGACAAAAUUGAACAGUUGUUUCAAAGAUGCCUGAUGAAAGUUUUGAAUGUUGAUUUAUGGAAAUCUUACCUGCACUAUGUGAAAGAGACUAAGGGUUCUUUGCCCUCAUUUAGGGACAAAAUGACGCAAGCUUUUGAAUUUGCCCUGGACAAAGUUGGAUUGGAUUUUAAUUCAUAUCAGAUUUGGUCUGACUACAUUACGUUUCUGAAAGCAGGGGAAGUCAGCGGCUCGUACGCCGAGAAUCAGAAAAUUAUGACACUUCGUAAAGUGUAUCAAAGAGCGGUUUUCACACCCAUCAAUAACUUGGAAGCAUUGUGGAGAGAAUAUACUGCAUUUGAACAGAACGUUAAUAAAGUUUUGGCAAAAAAGUUGGUGGAUGAGAAAACGCGGGACUAUAUGAACGCGCGACGAACUGCAAAGGAAUAUGAAGCAAUAACGAGGAACAUCGUACGCGGGAAUCCUUCUGUUCCUCCCCAAGGAACAGCAGCUGAACUUAAGCAGCUUCAGUUGUGGAAUAAAUAUCUUCAAUGGGAAAGAAGCAAUCCAUUAAAGACCGAAGAUCACAAUACCCUGGCCAAACGAGUGAUGUACGCGUACGAACAGGCUUUAUUAGCAUUAGGUUUCUAUCCAAAUAUCUGGUAUCAGGCUGCGUUAUUUUUGGAGGACAGAAGUAAACAGCUGUUUGAAAAAGGGGAUCAGCAGAACGGAAAAACAAUGGCGGAUGAAGCAAGUGCUAUUUAUGAGAGAGCAACAUCUAGUCAGCUGAAGUAUAAUGUCAUGUUACAUUUUGCUUGGGCUGAUUUUUUAGAGAGUCGUAUGAAAGCAGAUAAAGCCAAAGAGGUUUACGAUAAAUUGUUGGAAACUCCAAACAUCGAUCCAACUUUAGUCUACAUUCAGUAUAUGAAGUUUUCACGAAGAGCAGAGGGAAUAAAAGAAAGCCGUGCAGUGUUCAAGCGUUCUCGUGAAGACAGCCGAAGUUCACAUCAUGUUUUUGUCGCUGCGGCCUUGAUGGAAUACUAUAUAACCAAGGAUAAGAACGUGUCCAUGAAGAUUUUCGAACUGGGUCUAAAGAAAUUUUCAUCCGAACCAAAAUACAUUUUGGCAUACUUAGAAUUUUUAAUUCACUUGAACGACGACAAUAACACUCGCGUACUGUUCGAACGAGUCUUAAGCAAUCUCCCUAAGGAAAAAUCAAGUGAAAUUUAUACCAAGUUUUUGGACUUCGAAGCAAAUUGUGGUGAUCUCACGAGUUAUAUGAAAGUUGAGAAAAGAAAGUUGUCCAUGUUUAACGAGGAACUUGAAUCCAGGGAAACUGUGCUGCUGGUCGAUCGUUAUAAAUAUUUAGAUCUAUUUCCGUGUUCAAAAACUGAAUUAGCAGUUAUUGGUUAUAAUGCACAAGAAGUUGUCGUGUCAAAUCAGGCAACAGCAUACUUUCAAAACAAGGAGCUGUUACCGGAUGAAGCAAUCACGUUAGGCUCGAAAUAUCCCAUGCCAGAUUUGAAACAAAUGAUGCCGUUUAAACCCGUACCUCGAGGAACUCCCGGAGUCCAUCACCUUCCUGGGGGUGUGUUUCCAGUUCCCCCUGCCGCCGCUCAUCUUAUUUCUCUGAUGCCGCCGCCAGUGUGCUUCCAGGGCCCGUUUGUCAUGGUUGAUGAACUUUUGAAAAUGAUAGCAGAUUGCCAUCUCCAAAAGCCACAGACCACAAGUCUACCAGAAGGCAGUGUCAACGGUGGUGUGAAAGAGGAAGGCACAACAAAAGACAGCGACGCGAGAGGAAAGAAGCGCCCACUGAACGCGAACAGCAAUGACAAUGAUAGCGACGAUGACGAGAAACGCGUUGCCCCGCCUGUCAACGAUAUUUACCGUCUUAGACAACAAAAAAGAGUUGCUUUCUAGUUUGCAAGAGAGCAAAGUUUGCAUUUCGAAGCCAAAAAAUAUUCCUUCUCGGUGUUGGUUGAAAAACUACAGUUUUGAAACUGAUCUGAAAGUGUAACUAACACUUGGUUUCAUCAUAGACAGUCCGGGAUCAGUUGCAAACUAAAACGGGAAACUCGGGGCUAAUAUAGCUCCGGCAACACCCGAGGCCUUUUGUCUCCAAUCUUGUAUAAUUUCCCAUUGAAUGUAUUUUAAAAAAAAUCGUAUUUAAAUAAAAAAGAAAAAAAUGUUUUCAACGAAAGCUAGCUUGCGUGCAUGCAUUCUUUUCGAAAACGCACCGUCAUUGCGGUAAGCAUGGUCAUAAAUUUCAUACGCGUGAAUGAUGUACGUAACCUUGCAAAUUUAGGACAGCUUCCAAAUUUCGGUUCAGAAUGAAA